AACUUCUUAAGAAAUUACCACCUUCCAUAAAAAAAAAUAUAUGGAAACGUCUCAUAUCUAGAGUUCAUAAUCCAUUGACAGAAGAACAAGCAAGUAGUAUUAAUCCUGAUAUCGAGACAUUAUUGAUUAGUGAGAUUGAUAAAUAUGAAAAGAAAAAAAAUCGAUAUCGAAUCAGCUCUUCUAUACAAAAUACAGAAAUAUCUCAAACUGUUAUCUCCAAUGAUAGACACAGAAUGUCCUGCUUCACAGACUGCUCCACUAAUACACAAGUAACUGAUAUGUACCCUGACAUUGAGGAGGAGAUUAAUGCUCGAGUCAGAGAAGCUAUAGAUAAAAUGCGUCAAAGUUUUAUUGAAACUACGCAGGAAACAUUAAAUUCUAUUAAGCAACAGAAAGAUGCAGAAUGUAAGAAAAUAAAGCUGGAUAUGGCUAAUAGAGAAUGA